AUGUUCAAGCGUCUCGUUACCGUCGCUCCCCGCGUCGGCGUUGUUGCGCCCCGUGCUUUUGCUCCCCUCGCUAGCUUGCAGUCCGUCCAGCCCGUCCAGCGUCAGGCUUCCGUGCCCGCCCAGCGAAGGAACUAUCACGAGAAGGUUCUCGACCACUACAACAACCCCCGCAAUGUCGGAUCCAUGAAGAAGGGUGACCAAGACGUCGGCACUGGUCUCGUCGGUGCGCCCGCCUGUGGCGAUGUUAUGAAGCUUCAGAUUCGGGUGAACAAGGACUCUGGUCGUAUCGAUGACGUGGUCUUCAAGACCUUCGGAUGUGGCAGUGCUAUUGCCUCUUCAUCAUAUCUGACCGAGCUCGUCCGGGGAAUGACCCUGGAGGAGGCCGGUAAGAUAAAGAACACGGAUGUGGCCAAGGAGCUCUGCCUGCCCCCCGUCAAGUUGCACUGCUCAAUGCUUGCCGAGGACGCCAUCAAGUCUGCCAUCUCCGACUACUACAAGAAGAACCCCAAGGUGAAGACUACCGAUCUCUCCGGGACGGGUGCUUCCAUGUCAAAUGUCAAGGUUGAAAUUGAGCAGACUCCCAACGGUGGUGCUGCUGCUUCUUUGUAA